CGACCUCCGCCGCCCGCGCGCCCUCUGCUCCCCAGCGCCGGGUUUCCUGUUUAAGAUGGCGUCCCCCGUGGCAGCGCAGGCCCGGAAGCUUCUGCGAGACCUGGCGCUCCGGCCCCCGCUGCUGGCGGCCAGGUCCCAGGCAGUGCAGUUAACCCCCCGACGAUGGCUGAACCUGCAGGAAUACCAGAGCAAGAAACUCAUGUCUGAAAAUGGAGUGAAAGUUCAAAGAUUCUUUGUAGCAGACAGUGCGAAGGAAGCUCUGGAGGCUGCUAAGAAACUAAAUGCAAAAGAAAUUGUUUUAAAAGCCCAGAUCUUAGCUGGAGGAAGAGGAAAAGGUGUCUUCAGUAGCGGUUUGAAAGGAGGCGUUCAUUUAACAAAAGACCCUCAAGUUGUGGGACAGCUGGCUAAACAGAUGAUUGGCUAUAAUCUAGCAACAAAACAAACUCCAAAAGAAGGUGUGAAAGUUAACAAGGUGAUGGUUGCUGAAGCCUUGGACAUUUCCAGAGAAACCUACUUGGCCAUUCUGAUGGACCGGUCCUGCAACGGCCCCGUGCUGGUGGGCAGCCCUCAGGGGGGUGUUGACAUCGAAGAGGUGGCAGCUUCAAAUCCAGAGCUUAUUUUUAAGGAACAAAUUGACAUUAUCGAAGGGAUAAAGGACAGCCAAGCUCAACGGAUGGCAGAAAACCUAGGCUUCCUUGGGCCUUUGAAAAACCAGGCUGCAGAUCAAAUUAAGAAGCUGUAUAAUCUCUUCCUGAAAAUUGAUGCCACUCAGGUGGAAGUGAAUCCCUUUGGUGAAACCCCAGAAGGACAAGUUGUCUGCUUUGAUGCAAAGAUAAAUUUUGAUGACAAUGCAGAAUUUCGACAAAAGGACAUAUUUGCUAUGGAUGACAAAUCAGAGAACGAGCCCAUUGAAAACGAAGCUGCCAAAUAUGAUCUAAAAUAUAUAGGACUGGAUGGGAACAUUGCCUGCUUUGUGAAUGGUGCUGGACUUGCCAUGGCUACUUGCGACAUCAUCUUCUUGAAUGGUGGGAAGCCGGCCAACUUUUUGGAUCUUGGUGGUGGUGUAAAGGAAGCUCAAGUAUAUCAAGCCUUCAAACUGCUCACAGCUGAUCCUAAGGUGCUUUUCCUCUUGUCUUGCAUUUGUUUCUAUCAUGUCCCGUUGAACCAGAUUUCCAGAUAUGUCUCGCUGUCCUUGUCCACCAUGCUCUUGUUCCAUUUUAUCUGCCAGCAUUGCCCAGAAAGAGCUGGGUCCUGGCAAGGUCAUCGGUUCUGUAUCUUACACAAGACCAGUGUGUCUGAUUGCUACACAUUUUCCACGCGUCUCUAA